AGAGAGAGAGAGAGAGAGAGAGAGAGAGAGAGAGAGAGAGAGAGACAGAGAAAAUACUCCGUUCCACGAUCAUCUGCCACUAUUGUGAACACUGGGCUUCUUCACGAUUGGAACAUCCCCCUGCUUUCUACAAUGUCUAUUUUCAGUAAGUCUAAGCCCGUCACAUUGAGUAAGGAGAUGAGUGCCAGUCAGAACAUAUCUGACAGCAACAGGAAGAAGACCAGUCUGCUGAAAGACAACAGCUGGAUCAGACGUAGCAUGGAGGAGGAGGAGGAGGAGGAUGCUAACCACAGCCAGCCGUCAGAGGUGGGCCUGCCCAACCCUUCCACUGCCAGCAGCCCUAGCCUGACCAGCCCUUCCACUGCCAGCAGCCCUAGCCUGACCAACCCUUCCACUGCCAGCAGGCCUAGCCUGCCCAGCCCUUCCACUGCCAGCAGGCCCAGCCUGCCCAGCCCUUCCACUGCCAGCAGCCCUAGCCUGACCAGCCCUUCCACUGCCAGCAGGCCUAGCCUGCCCAACCCUUCCACUGCCAGCAGGCCUAGCCUGCCCAACCCUUCCACUGCCAGCAGCCCUAGCCUGACCAACCCUUCCACUGCCAGCAGCCCUAGCCUGACCAACCCUUCCACUGCCAGCAGCCCUAGCCUGCCCAACCCUUCCACUGCCAGCAGGCCUAGCCUGCCCAGCCCUUCCACUGCCAGCAGCCCUAGCCUGACCAACCCUUCCACUGCCAGCAGCCCUAGCCUGCCCAACCCUUCCACUGCCAGCAGCAGCCCUAGCCUGCCCAGCCCUUCCACUGCCAGCAGCCCUAGCCUGCCCAGCCCUUCCACUGCCAGCAGCCCUAGCCUGCCCAACCCUUCCACUGCCAGCAGGCCUAGCCUGACCAACCCUUCCACUGCCAGCAGCCCUAGCCUGACCAACCCUUCCACUGCCAGCAGCCCUAGCCUGACCAACCCUUCCACUGCCAGCAGCCCUAGCCUGACCAACCCUUCCACUGCCAGCAGCCCUAGCCUGACCAACCCUUCCACUGCCAGCAGCCCUAGCAUCUCAUUCAACGAUCAGACCAAGAGCACCACCUCAAAGAGUAUGAAAGACUCCAAGACAGCCAAGGGUCCUGGCAGCACCUCCCCAAAGUCCCCAGAAUCCCCAAAAGCUCAUCGCUGA